CUCAUAACCGAUGCUGAUUGUCCGCGGAGCACCUGCAGGAUGCAUUAAGGGUCAAAGGUGAGCUAGCGAGGCAGAGAUGAGUCUGACUUCCUGGUUCCUGGUGAGCGGUGGGGGGACGCGUCAUCGUCUCCCCAGAGAGAUGAUCUUUGUGGGGAGGGAUGACUGUGAGCUCAUGCUGCAGUCCCGCAGCGUUGACAAGCAGCACGCCGUCAUCAACUAUGAGCCAAAUGCCGAUGAACAUAAAGUGAAAGACCUGGGCAGCUUAAAUGGGACAUUUGUCAACGAUGUCAGAAUACAGGAGCAAAUCUACGUAACGCUGAAAAUUGAUGACAAAUUGAGGUUUGGAUACGAUACCAACCUGUUCACCGUGGUUCGAGGAGAGCUGCAUAUUCCAGAGGAGGCCCUCAAGCAUGAAAAGUUAAGCAGCCAGCUGCAGCUGAACCAGAAGAAACCUCCAGAGGCGGAAUCAUCCAAAUCUGAGGCAAAACCCUGCGAGGCAGCACCAGCGCCAGCGUGUGAGGGAGCCACCGCCAAGCCCCCCGAGGCAAGCAGGGUGGAGGAUAAGACAACAGGGGAUGCUGCAGUAUUGCACAGAAUCACGCCACUCUAUGGCCAGCCGGCCUGGUGGGGAGAUGGAGAUGCUGAGGACCAGCAACCUGGGAGGCCUGAGGAAAGGAGCUCAGAUCGGAAGAGAGAAAAAGCUGAAACUGACACAAAGAAAAGCACAGAGGUCUCAAAGUCUGCCCCGCAUACAGCCUCCAAUCAGGAGCCGAGCUACUUUGAGAUCCCGACCAAGGAUUCUCACUCAGCAGGUAAAGUGAGUGGUGAUGCCCCCUCACGAGAGCAAGAGGCUGCUGCUUCCUCUACUGCAGAGCCGGUCCAUGGCCACGCCUCCUUCACCAUUGAGUUUGACCCCGGGGCAUCAGGUAAAGUGACCGUUAAAGAUCGAGUGGCAAAGGUGGGACCGGAGACCAGGCCACGUCCUAAAAGGGCCGUUGGGGAGGAGCUGAGUCCACUCCAGACAGCCAUGGUAGCUGCGGAGGUCAAAGUCGCCGACUGGCUGGCCCAAAAUGAGCUGCCAUUGGCUCUGAAGGACACGGUUGCAGAGGAUGAUGGGGAGAGUGUGAAGAGUGAUGUGCCUGUACAACUGAAGAGUCUUAAAGGCAGUAAACAUGAGGACGGUACUCAGAGCGACUCAGAGAAUGCGCUUGGCGAGCAACGCAGGGCUGCAGCGAUGGAGGAACGCUCGUGGGGGCUCUGGGGCGGUGCAGGGAUGAAGAUCAGAGAGGGUCGCGCUAAUGUGCCAGAGGGGCUGUUUGCAGAGGAGGACAGUCCUGCACGCCGUCGCAAGUCUUCGACAUCCAAAGUGGCGGGUGGAUUCGUGGAGAGGCGACGUGGCUCGGCACCACAUCAGCAGAGCAGUCGUGAUGAGUGCUAUCACCAUGGGGAUGAUUAUAGUGACAGGGGGACCUAUACCAUUGAGCUGGAGAAUGGAGAUCAUGAGGAGGAAGAGGCCAGGAAAAUGAUCGACAAGGUGUUUGGUGUGGAUGAGCAGGAGGGUGUGUGUGUGUCCAGGAUGGGGGGUGCUGAGCAAAGAGAGAGGGUCUCCUCUCAGAGGUCUGGUACAGGAGACAGAGGAAAGCCAGGACGCAUGGAGACAGAGGUACUAUCUGAAGAACUAAUGGUGGGUGGUCCUCGCUGGGUCUCACAGUGGGCUACUCUGGCCGCCAGUCACAUCAGAACAGACCCCGAGGGAUCAGGAGGGGAGAGUCACAUCAUGGUGACAGAGGACAGAGCAGAAAUAAGUGAAUCCAGCCAUUCAGCCUCAUUUACUUCAUCUGGCUACACAGAGCGUAAGAGAAGAACUCUGCCCCAGCUGCCUGGUGAGGAGCUCUCCCUCGGAAGGAGGACGCCAGGCGCAGGCCUGCGUACAGAUAUGGGGGAGAAACAAGACACGGAGUUACAGGAGAAGGAGAGCCAGGAGGAGAAGAUGGUCAGAGGAAAGAAUCGGCAUGGCUCUGGAGGUGUGGGCAGUCAUGGUGGCAGCCCUAGUCGCUCCUCACCAGCCAAGUCGCAGGACAGUGCUGGUGGGAGAUCAGGACGGUCAGGUGUGUUGGCCAAGCUCCCCCCUCGUCCACUGACUAGUGGGGAGAAAAGAAUGGAGGAGGCACGGAGGAGGAAAAAGGAAGAGGAGAAGGCGAGGGAAAGCAGUGGGAAGCCAUUAUUGAGGCAGGAGAGUUUUACUGUUGAGAAACCGAGCUCCAACGUGCCUAUUGAGCUCAUUCCUCGAAUCGAUGGGCUCACGGGCAGCAGGACUCAGACUAAGGAGACCGGCAUUGACAGUGCCACACUGCAGAAAGAUUCAGAAGCUGUGGCAGCCUUUUUAGAGACCACUGUGUCAGACCAAGGUGAUCCACCAAGUCAGUCCAUCGAAGGUUCCAUGUCCCCAGAGUCAGACGUGGACACGACCAGCACAGUAAGCCAGGCUGAGGGAGCGAGAAAAGUUAUCCAGAAACGUCGGACUCUUGCAGGACAGCAGAAGGAGAGAACGGUGGUGUGCUCAUCCGGCAAAGGCCCCGCUGUGGGCCGAGAGACCCAGGACAGGAGGGUCAAGACCAGGGCAUCUGGGCCUGCGCAGCCCAGCCGCCCCUGGACCUCCCUGGACCUCACUGAUGAUGAUGUCAACUCUAACUCACUCCUCUCUGACUCCCAGCCCACCUCCACACAGGAAUCUAGAAGCUCACAUACCAGAGCCCAGACUGGGAGCACCACAGUGGGGGCGAGCACCAAGUCCAGUCGGGCUAAAAUCACCCAGCCUCCAGCCUCCUCCACAGCUAGUAAAACCACUAGUGUUCCUAAGCCCAGGCCCACCAGGGCAUCUCUGUUGAGGCGAGCCCGGCUCGGGGACUCCUCAGACACCGAACCUGCUGAUCUUGACCGCAUGUCUGUAGCUUCCGAGGCCUCCACCGCUAGUUCCACAUCCAGGACGGGGAUGGCAAAAAGAGGAAUGUCCAGGAUAGAGGCUCUGGCACAGCCGAGGAGGCCGAGGGUGGGCUCCCCGUCCGCCCAGAGUGACUCAGAGGCCACUGUGACAAGGAGUAGAGGUCUGGGGGCCCGCAGUGCUGCAGGUGAUUAUGCCAUCAGACAAGGACUGAGAGGGUCUAAUGUUACUUCAGUGUCUGGACCCAGAGCAAGAGCCAACAGCGCCUCCAAGCUGCCUGACAAAAGUAAAGGGACGUCCUCCUAUGGGCAUGUCACACCUGCAUCGGGCACUCGGUGGCGUCGUGUGCCUGUGGAGUAUGCAUCCACCUCGGAGGACGAGUAUGGCUCAAACCGCCACAUGUCAAAGCAAGGCCACACACGACCGUUCCCCUCCACUCGGGUAGCCCAACUAGGAGGUUCAGCCCCAGCAACUCCUAAUCCUGCAGGCCUGUCUGCCCUAAAGCAGCACUCUAGAGAACAGGACGAGUAUAUGAGGGACUGGACAGCACACAGCGAGGAAAUAGCCAGGAUAAGUCAGGACCUUGCCAAAGACCUGGCCAUGCUCGCCAGAGAAAUUCAUGAUGUGGCCGGAGAGAUCGACUCAGUCAGCCCUGCAGCCACCGACCCUGGAGCUCUGUUGGAGGAGCGUGUGUUUGAUGACAGCUUGGACCCGAGUGGUCCUUCUGCAGAGCACAGCAGCAUUUUAGGAACCAACGGGCGGCCUGUGGAGCUUCGACCCCGAGGCUCUGGUGGACAGAGCUCCCGUGCCAUCCGCCGACAGACAUGGAAUAGAGAUGAUUCGGUGCUUGACAGUUUACUACUAGCAUCUGUGACUCAGCUCUCAGCGAGGAUACGUCAGUCUGUUGACAAAACAACCUGCAAAAUCAGGAUCCUCUUCAAGGAUAAAGAAAGGAAAUGGGAAGAGAUUGAGAACAAACUGCAGGCGGAGCACGACUCACUACUGCUCAAGAGCUCCAAUAAGGAGAUUUCAAGCAUUAUUCAAGACCUGAGGAGAGUGGAAAGACAGCUGCUCGUAAUUGACAUGAUGGUGGACCCAGAUGGCACCCUGGAUGCCCUGUCCAAUCUGGGUCUGACCAGCCCUCUGACUGACCAGAAUAUCAGCCCCGGGACUCAGCAGGGGGCGUCUGUGACGCACCCCGGAGGUGAAGCUUCCCCCAGCAUACUCUCCUCCAGGCCUGAAGGACAGGCCAGUGAACCCUGUGGGGCUUCAGGCCAUGCAGAGGUGGCAGAGCGAGACCCAGGGCCCCGACAGAGCCCGAGAUCCUACAACUGAUACACCAAGGACAUGACUCAGAAUGCAUCCUUUAUGUUGGACAUAUCCUGACGGUGUGAGGUUUGAAGUAUUUGGUUUCAGAUGACAGAGAAAAAAAGGAUAAUGCCUGUUAAGUGGGAAAGCCUAACUGCCCGAACUGUCAAUCAAAGUGACUCGUGAUGGGACUUUGUAAAAGUCCAACACUACCAAAUAGCAGCUCUUGUCCAAUAUACAACAUAAAAACCUUACAGUAUUAAUUGGUGGGUUUUAUGAAGAAACUAUGACAUAAUAUACAGUAACCCAUCUGUGUCUUUGUGUUACAGCUCAUUCUUAUUAUCAAUUAUCCUUAAAAAUAUUGAAAAAAGAACAGAUGUAAAAGA